CACAGUUGUCGCCGGUGUUCCUGAGAAGCUUUGCAAAGUAGCAUGUGUUACUUCAGAAAACAGGAAUGGUGUCUGGUCCUGGAACUGCUACUCCUGCCUGUGAUAUCGGGACUUCAAGAUCAUUCAGAACUAGAGAUAAAUGCUAAAACCGGUAGCAACAUAACCCUGCAAUUCAAGAAACCACUUGGAACCUAUGCACACAUCACCUGGCUUUAUACUACAAAACAGAAGAUUUUAGAAUAUGAGUAUAAGGGUUCAACGAUAACCUAUUCUGGUUAUCAGGGCAGGGUCAACCUUGACAAUAUAACUGGUGCACUUCAAAUCUACAAUAUCCGGAAAGAAGACCGAGGUGACUACUACAUGAGAGUGUUGAAGAAAACUGAGGAAGAAUACAAGAAAAUCUUGAAUGUAUUUGAUCCUGUGUCCCAGCCUACCAUAAAAAUUGAGAAGACUGAAACUUUGCCUGACUCUUGUCACCUGAAACUAUCAUGCAAGGGAGAGCAACAGAAUGUUACGUACACUUGGUUUGACGACUCAAACCAAAUUGAGGAAGGAGAUGUGCUGGAAAGAAUCAUCACUCCAAAGAACAAGUCUACAUUUUAUACCUGCCAAGUCAGCAACCCUAUAAGCAGGAAAAAUGACACCGUGUACUUCACUCUGCCUUGUACUCUGGCCAGAUCCUCUGGAGUACGUUGGAUUGCAACUUUGCUGGUGGUCAUGGCACCCAGCAUUCAUACCUUCCUGUUGACCUGAGAUGAACUCUUCUCACUUGAGAAUGAAACUUUGAGGCCACUGGAUCCUGUCUUUAUCAUCCAGAAGGCAGCUCUGACUCUAUGGGACAGAAGAAAUUGUGUUGUUGAACAUUUGUGAUGGUUUGCAUUUUCUUACCAUCCUAGAGUUAAGUACAGGGCUUUCUGCAUGCUCCAAAAAUGCUGGGCCACUGACUUAUGUGCCAAUCCCUCUACAAAGAUUGUUUUAGUAGUCUUUUAAAAGUUGUGGUUAAUAUCUAAUUUUGUAUACCCCAUUUGUUUUCCAACAGUCAUUAAAGAUAAAUGUGUUAUUUUCACCAAAAUACAUAACUACAUUAGGCUAAUGGUUUUUCUUUUUUUAAAAUUGAUUCUUUUCUCAAACAAUAUAUCUUAAUUAGUUUCCUCUCCCUUUAAUUCUCCCAGUUUGACACUACUUCUAAUAGGUAACAACAAAACAUAACAAAAUAAAAUAUAAUAAGCUAAAACAAA